UAGUUAUUAUUUUUUUCAAGUAAUUACUUGCCGUGAGGGUUGUUGAAGAAAGUUCAGACUGACUGACUUUGCCGUGGAUUGUAUAGGCGAAAACCUUGGUGAUGUAGAUUCAAACGAUUUUAUCUUUCGGCAACGACAAAGAAUUUCAACGAGCCAUGUUCAGUGACUUUUCUUUCGGAUAUGGCUACCUCCCGGUUGGAUGGGCUAUUUUCACCUCGCUUACUUUUCUCAUGUGCUACGGUAUUGCUGUAUCGCAACAUCACAUUUAUCCGUUUGUACCCGCUAUAAGCGACACGGGCGCGCGGGUCCCCGAAUCGAACAUUUUCUCCGAGUUUUUUAAUUUUUCUAUGGUCUUGAUGGCACUCAGUUUGUUUGUUCGCUAUCUGCAGUUUGAAAUGUUGACAAAAGGUUUGGAUUCGCUAGAUCUUCUUCUCAGACGUUUGAACAAGGUUGGCUUAGGUUGUGGCCUUGUCAGUGUGUUUGGCGGUACAAUCAUUGCUAAUUUUCCAUCCAACGAGGUAUGUUCCAAUUUACUAUUACCUGUGAGAUUCUUUGUUAUUACUAACUUAUCGUUUAGCCUUCCCUCUUAAAUUUGAGCUUGUUAUAAUCGAUAUUUAUUGUGUUUUACGUGUUGAUUUAUUAUUUACUGUACAAAAGUUUUGGAAUACCUUUAAUCAGAAAACCACAAAUUUUUUAGUUGUACAUGUACAUUUCAGCCGGCUCUCACCUUUUGCUCCUUCUGGCUUUUCUGAUUGAAAUAAGCAAAUACAUUAUUGACAGUUUAUUUCAUUAUAAACCGAUCAAAUAAAAUCCCGUGAUAAAGUAAAAAUUACUUUCAUUUUUAACCAAAAUCGUUGUUGUGUUUUUUUUCUAGUUGUAGUACAUAGACAGAAAAAAAUCCAUUUUUUUUACAAAAUGCAAAUUAUGCUAUGUUUUUUUAAGUGUAAACUUAAUUGCGCAAACAAGGUAUGGGUUCAGCACGAUCUUCUGGAAUGUGAUAACCGCCGUCAAGGCCCUUGUAUGAACACCGCAGACGGACUAAGUUAUUUCCAUUAAAUGUCUCUGAAUUAAAUAAAUUCUCGGCUUGAAUUUUACUUCAGUCAAAAGCCCAGACUUGCAGAGCAUCAUCGGUUAAUAUUUAGACUUUCAAUCUAUAUUUUAAGAGUUCUCUUUAGAUAUUACAUGAUCUGACAAGAGCCCAUAACAUGUUAACUCCGCAUUUUUAACCCUAACAAAGAAAUAUGCCCGAACUAAUUUCUUAAAUAAUUUCUUAUAAUUAUAGCUUCUUAAAAUCAAAUUUUGUGAUUUAUGGAACCAGCUACCUUUAAAUAUUCGUUGUCAGGUUAAGUUCUGGUAAUGUUAAUAUUUUUUAAGUCUAAAGCUAGGAAAAUCCUUUCAGAUUCUUAAGUAUUAGCACUUGGUUCCUUGAUGUUUUUUAGUAAAUUAUAUAUCAUUUUUAUGUUUUAUACUUUACAUAAUUUUUUUUUUGUAUUUUUGUAAUUUUUUUUGUAUUAUUUAUCGGUAUUUAUAUAGCUUACAGGUGAUCUGUUUUUGUGUGGGGUUCUGGACUCCCUUACGGAUUACCCCUUGGCUCUUUUUUAAAUUGUAUUUUGUCAGUUUAUGCCAUAGAUUUGUAAUAAAUAAAUAUCUUUUUAUUGACAGCAAGACAACAUGAUUUACGUGCACGAUGCUGGCGCGGUUCUGUUGUUUGGAAGCGGUGCUCUGUACUGUUGGGUCCAGUGCUGUCUCACCUAUAAGUUAACUCAGCUGGGAAUCAACUCCCAGUUCCUCUUUGCAGUUCGCUUCAUUCUGACAUGCGUAAUAACCGCGUUCGGCUCGAUUUUUUUUGUGGCGGAAAUAUUCGCGUACGAAGAGUUUCGUCACCAGACUGCUCACGUGGUCGCCAACUGGCAGCCCUCAGACCCAGGCUACAGCGUCCACGUUCUAAGCAAUGUCAGUGAGUGGAUCGCAGCACUGUGCUUUGGCUUGUUUGGUAUCACAUUCUUCGAGGAAUUCCAGAAGAUCUCUUUGCACGUAGAAUGCAGUGAGAAAUAUGUCCAGGAUCGUCAAAGCAGCCCGUUGCUUGAGUAUGCAAAUAUAGACAGUGGUGAUGAAGAGUAA